CUCUGAAGCUGCUUGCAUUGCACCCCGGUGACCACCGAGAUGAGGGAAUAGCCUGCACCCCCACUUCACCCCCACUUUUUUUUUUUGUUUUGUUUUGUUUUGUUUUUUGUUUUGCCUGGCUCUGCUUCUUGGUGGAAUGCAAAAAGCCAGCAGAGGAUGGAAACAGGACUUGACGACCGUGUCAGAAUGCCGGAGAAAAGUUCUCCCAGACGGACCCCACAGAACAUUCCCUAUCAAGAUGUCCCUCACCUGAUCAAUGCCGACGGCCAAUUCCUCUUCUGCAGAUACUGGAAACCCAAGGACCCACCCAAGGCUCUGGUCUUUGUGUCUCAUGGCGCUGGGGAGCACUGUGGCCGCUAUGAUGAGAUAGCACAGAUGCUGGUGGGCAUGGGGCUGCUGGUAUUUGCCCAUGAUCACGUUGGCCAUGGACAGAGCGAAGGGGAGAGGAUGGUGGUGUCUGACUUCCAAGUCUUUGUCAGAGAUGUGCUGCAGCAUGUGGAUGUCAUGCAGAAAGACCACCCAAAUUUGCCUAUCUUCCUUCUGGGCCAUUCCAUGGGAGGUGCCAUCGUCAUCCUCGUAGCUGCUGAGAGGCCUGGCCAAUUCGCAGGCAUGGUUCUUAUUUCGCCUUUGAUCAUUGCCAAUCCCGAGUCUGCCACGCCAUUCAAGGUCCUCGCUGCAAAAGUGCUCAGCUUCGUCUUGCCAAGCCUGUCCUUGGGCCCCAUCGACUCCAGCAUGCUGACCCGGAACAAAGCAGAGGUGGAAAUCUAUGACUCAGAUCCUCAAGUUUACCAUGGCGGAAUGAAGGUUAGCUUCGGCCUGCAGCUGCUGAAUGCCGUGGCUCGCGUGGAACGUGCCCUCCCCAAGAUCAUGCUGCCCUUCCUGCUGCUGCAGGGCUCAGAUGACAAACUGUGUGACAGCAAAGGGGCCUACAUGCUCAUGGAGUCGGCCAAGAGCCAGGACAAAACUCUUAAGAUCUACGAAGGUGCCUACCACGUCCUCCAUAAAGAGCUCCCAGAAGUCACCAACUCCGUCUUCCACGAGAUCAACAUGUGGAUGUCUCAAAGGACAGUGGCAGAAGCAGCGGACAAAAACUGUUCCAAGUCUUCGCUCUGAGCGUGGGCAGGGACUCCCACAGUGCGGGGCAGUGGGGGAGGAGGGGCUGCUUGGGGUGGGGG